AUGCUGACACAUCAGUUCAUUGUCCAUUUUCUUAUAGUAGCGGCAAAGUUUCUUAUUGCGGUCUUCACCAGUGGCUUCAUUGUGGUGGUGAAUGCGGUGGACUUCAUCAGGCAGAGACAAAUGGCUCCUCUGGAUCUGCUCAUUUCCUGCCUGAUCACUUCAAGGAUUACUCUGCAGGUGUUCAUCUUCCUUGCACAUCUGCCUCUUCUCUCCUUCAUGAAACAGGAGGUAUUUUCUAAGCUUAAUAUAAUUUUCAUAGUUUUUAAUAUUUGGGGGCUUUGGUUGGCCACGUGGCUUGGUGUUUUCUACUGUGCCAAGAUCGCCACCAUCCCGCACCCACUGUUCUUCUGGAUGAAGAUGAAGAUUUCCAAGUUGGUGUCCUGGCCGAUCCUGGGAUCUAUGCUGUAUGCAUCUGUCACUGCCGGCAUCUUCAAAAAACAGGCGUGGACUAUUACCAAAAAAUUAGUUGUUGACUUUUUCUCCAAAAAUGAAACUCAAACCCAGAGAAUAGACAUUGCACCACUUCCCAUUUUGAUUUUUCAUGUUACAGUGCCAUUAACUGUCUUCUUCAUUGCUGUUCUGCUCUUGAUCUUCUCCCUGGGGAGGCAUGUCCAGCAGAUGAGAAGCAUUUUUAAGGGAACCAGGGAUGCCCGCUGGGGCGCCCCCAUCAGGGCAAUGCUGUCCAUCUUGUCCUUCCUAUUCCUCUAUUUCUUCCACUACACGAUGGUCCUUUUGUUCUUUUUUCAAACAUUGCAGUUUGGAAGCUUCCUCUUUGAGUCCUGCACCUUUGUGGCUGGCAUCUACCCAUCUAUACACUCUGUCAUCUUAAUUGUAGGAAACCCUAAACUGAAAGAAAAUGCAAAGAAGUUCCUGCUCUGUGGUUAA